GCUUCUACUGCCAAACAACACCUCGAAAUUUUUGCAGCCAAAACUGAUGAAAAGGUUGAGAAGGCAAGGGCGAGAAGUAAAGAGGAGAAAGAGAUAGCGGAGGAGAGGAGAAAAUCAAAGGAAGCUGAAGCCAAGAUGAAGCUUCACGAAGCCAAGGCGCAUCACGCCGCUGAAAAGCUGCAAGCCAAGCAAGCUCAUCUUCCUGCCGCCGCAGUAACGCCACACCUUACCCAUGGCGGCGGCGGUGAAGGCCACCACGGACCAGCCAUAGGAACAGUUGUUCCUCCCACCGGCACAGCCGCGCCGGCAUACCCUCUUGGAGGCCAUCCCCAUGGACAUACCAGAAAUAUCUAAUAUUUUUCUUGUUUUUCUUAUUUUUGUGUAUUAUUUUGUUUUUAGUCCAUCUCCAGUUCUGAAACUACUCUACUUACAACAAAAAUUAUUGUCAAUUAUAUAAAUCUAGUAGAAAUAUUUAAAUUUAUC